AUGAAAGUUAAAGAAAAUCAAAAUAUGGAGGAACAAUUGAUCGAUAAAUCCUAUUUCACUUCACUCUAUAAACAAAUUAGACUUCAAGAGUUUCUCGAAGUUGCACAUACCAUCCUCUUGGAUCGUCUUGAAAAUGGAUACGGAAAGACAGUGAAGGGUGUACCCCUCGGUUGCCUCCCGGUCGAACUCUUCAGAGACCACUUCUCUUCGUUCCGCUCUUGGCGUAGCUACACCAAAGACAGAGUCACCUUGAUCAACGGCGAGAAGGUUAGCGUACAACACUUGUAUUUUACAUUCAAUGCUCGUUCGGGAUUCCCAACACUCUCCUCCGGUAAGGAGUGGGUCAAGAAGAAGAUCGAGAAGAAAGAUGGCACCGAGCCCGUCACUCACGAGUACCAAAAGGUUACAUUCAUCAUAAGCUAUCGUGACACUCGUGUCGAGUGUGACUUUAAGAUGUCUGUCAACCUGCCAGGCGGAAACUCACAAGAUGUCAAUCCACAACAACAAAUACAACAACCACCACAACAACAGCAACAGCAACAACAAUUGCCACAACAACAACAACAUCAACAAGUACAACAACCACAAACACAUCAUCAACCUCAACAGCAGCAACAACAUCAUCAAGUGCAACAACAACAACAACAACCACCACAACAACAAUAUCAACAAAUGCCACAACAGCAACAACAACCACAACAACAAAUUCCACAACUACCGGUAUUACAAUCACCACAACCACUGCAAUAUCAGAUUCCUCAACCAUCGAUCCAACACUCAAGUUCGCCAACACAAAUAUCGCAACUUACUUUGCCACCAGUUCAACAACAAUCUCCGGUACAACAGUCAGUCCAACUCCAAAAGCCUCAAAUCAAACUCGACGCACCACUCACUCAUUCACCGCCACAAGUUCACACACCACCACAACAAUCUCAACAGAUUCCACCACCACAACAACAACUUUCCCAAGACACCACACCACCUCUCCACCCACAGCCAGUUAUUUUCUUGUGGCCCACCAUUAUUGCCUUUGCCUACAUGAGUCUCAUCUUAAUUGAAAAAAAGAAAUCACAGAGCACCAACAAGAUUAAAAAAGUCCAUUUAGCCGUCAAGACCAAACAAAUCCAAUUCAUUUGUAAUCAAAACAAAUAA